AGAAGGGAGGCAAUGAAGGGAGGCAGCUGCGGCAGGAGGGAGGCCAUGCGUGGGUGCGAGAGAGACGACGAGCAUCUAGCAGGAGGGAGGCAACGAAGGGAGGCAGAUGCAGUAGGAGGGAGGCGAUGCGUGGGUGCCCUAACGGGCAAAAGAGGUGGUGCUUCAAGCGAAUCAGUCACUGUCAACACCUUCCUGGAGAUUUCAAGCAAAAAUUCCUCUCCUAUCGGAAAAAGUUAACUUGAGGCCGUUACUUCAGAUUACAUACAAAGGCCAGGCCUGAAAUGAAAAUUUCCCCUUUAAUAAAACCGUCCGCGUUCCAGUGCGGUUCGACUUUCUUACUGAUGACCGGAAAGAGACAGCAGGAUAUGGACCAACGGCUCCACGAUGCCUGCAUCUCCGGCGACAAGAGUAGACUGCAGCAGUUGACGGAGAACCAGCCCGGCAUCCUCGACCAACUAACAUCGUCAUCUCAAGACACAUCACUGCAUCUGGCUGCUCGAGAAGGACAGGCGGAAAUCGUUCGUUAUCUGCUGAAUGUGAAACCAGAGCUCUCAACCUGGCAGAACUCCAAUGGGGAGAGCCCACUCCUCCUGGCUUGCAAGCUUGGCCAUCUCUCUGUGGUGAAUCGACUACUUUCUGCUUCUGCUUCUCCGGUCACCGUAGAUCGUCUCGCAGUCCAUGCUGCAGCCUUGGCAGGACACCAUGAGAUAGUCAGAGCAUUGGUGGAGAAAUGGCCGAUGUUAGCAGCAGAGGAAAAUGAGUUCGGGCAUACGCCUUUUCAUGAGUCGUGCUUAAGUGGGAACCUCUCUGCAGCAGAAAUGCUGUUGAAUUCCAACCCCAGCAUUGCGGUUAAGCCUGACGGUGAAGGAAUAACUCCUUUACAUCUUGCUGCGAAGAACGGGUGGACGGAUAUCAUGAGGAAGAUUCUUGACAAUGAUCCUAACUCUGCUCGUGUUCUGACAAGAAGAGGGGAGACCAUCUUCCAUUUUAUGGCAAAGAAUGGACACUACGAGUCCUUCUUGCGUCUCGCCAUAGGAUACCGCCAGCGAGGCCUUCUUUCCCUCCAGGAUGAAGAAGGGAACACAAGUUUGCAUAUCUGCGUUAUGAAUGGACAUCUGCAAUUGGUGGCUUUCAUUCUCGAGGAGCUGCUCGUCUAUGUGAAUGCACUGAACAGAGAAGGCAUGACUGCGCUGGACAUUGCCAUCAGCAACUAUGAUACAACCCCUCAAGCUGACCAAAUGAUCUCCACCCUCCGGAAGGCCAAAGCGUUAUCAAGAUGGGAACUCCGCAUCUGGCGACCCAUCUAUGAAGCCCCUGACGAAGAAUUCCGAAACGGUCAGAACACCAUCAUCGUGGUGGCCGUUCUAAUCGCUACCGUGACCUUCUCGACAAUGGCGAGCCCGCCGGGGGGCGUAUACCAAGAUGGUCCGUUGGCAGGAACUGCCAUUUUCAGCAAUACAUGGGCCUUCAGCGUCUUCGUGGUGUUCAGUUUCCUGGCCUUGCUCGUCUCCCUCCUUAUCAUCACCCUUCACUUCAGUUUUGUUGCGCUGAAUAAGCAUGGGCUUGUUCAUCACUGGAGAAGACUUCGCAAAUACCUUAUCGUGUGUAUGGUGUUUAUGUUGGUAGACUACAUGGCCGCUGCUUGGAUGGUGUUUUCCCCUGGAAAAUCCAAGAAUCGAACACUAUUGCCUCUUUUCGCACUUGUCGUGGGCUCUGGAGUGGUAGGUGCUCUGCGAGGGCUCCUUUGGAGAUGGAACAGAGUAAAGCUGCUCAGGGCAAGCGGACAAGAAAGGAAGUUUUUUGCUUUGAAGUUUUUCUGAAGAGAGAUCCUUGCGGACUGCAAGUUAUUUCUGAUGGCGAUUGAGAUCAGUUUCUCUUUUUGCUGCAAAUUGGGUGCAUGUAAGUGGGAAGGUUGGACUUAUGAAUUAUGAUGAAUUUUAUGUUGAAGUUAAAUGGCAUAACUAUAUGCCUUAACUCUUAGCUUCCUUAUCUCAAAGAAGUUUAGAUUGUGUUGUA